GCACUUGAAAACUCAAAAGUUGAAGAACCGCUCUUCCAGAAGUGGCUUAAUUUGCCCGCCACUGCCAAAAACCCUUGAAUAAACCCUAUUGUUUACACUCACGCUUUUACGCUCCCUUUCUUCUUCCUGGGCUUUGCUUCCAUUUCACUAACCGCUCUGCUCUCUCUUUCCCUCUCUGGUUUCAAUUCAAAAUACCUCUUCACCAGAACUCAAAAUCAAAUCUACGCUUUCAUUCAAUUUCACGCCCCUAAACAAAAACCCUGGGGCUCUUCUUUUCGAAUUAAAUCCCAUUCUCUCUCCCCCACUUUCUGAUUCUAGGGUUUGUCGAUGUCGUGGGAGGAGGAGAUUGUGAUGCGCGAUGUCACCAAUGCGGGGCUCGUCGUCAGCGACCGCAUUGGCCGUGAAGUGGCGGCGCAGUUGGACCUCGAGGAAGCUCUAGAAGCCUCUAGAUACGCUAGCCAUCCCUACUCUACUCACCCCAGAGAGUGGCCUCCUUUGAUUGAAGUGGUGGAUACUUGGGAGCUGCCUCCUGUACUCAUUGAAAGAUAUAAUGCAGCUGGUGGAGAAGGAACUGCAUUAUGUGGAAUAUUUCCAGAGAUACGCAGGGCAUGGGCAUCUGUGGAUAAUUCUUUGUUUCUUUGGCGUUUUGACAAAUGGGAUGGCCAAUGUCCUGAAUACAAUGCAGAGGAACAAGCAAUAUGUGCUGUUGGACUCGCUAAAUCUAGACCUGGCAUUUUUGUUGAAGCUAUACAGUAUCUUUUAAUAUUAGCAACUCCUGUUGAGUUGAUUCUUGUAGGAGUGUGCUGUUCUGGAGGGGGUGAUGGUACAGAUCCUUAUGCAGAAGUUUCACUGCAGCCUUUGCCAGAGUAUACAGUACCUUCUGAUGGAGUUACUAUGACAUGUAUAAAUUGUACUGAUAAGGGUCGUAUUUUCAUGGCUGGCCGAGAUGGCCACAUCUAUGAACUGCAUUAUACGACUGGUUCAGGAUGGCAUAAACGUUGUCGUAAAGUUUGCCUCACUGCAGGUGUAGGCAGUGUGAUUUCGAGGUGGGUCAUACCAAAUGUGUUCAAGUUUGGAGUUGUAGAUUCCAUUGUUGAAAUGGUUGUUGAUAAUGAAAGACAGAUUUUAUAUGCAAGAACUGAAGAGAUGAAAAUUCAAGUUUUUGUUAUGGGGCCAAAUGGAGAUGGUCCAUUGAAGAAAGUGGCUGAAGAAAGGAAUCUGUUAAAUCAGAAAGAUGGACAUUAUGGAGGUAGACAAACAGCGGCACCAAGAGCCUCAAAUCGAUCAGCAAAACCAUCCAUCGUUUCAAUUUCCCCAUUAUCCACACUAGAAUCGAAGUGGCUGCACCUUGUUGCUAUUUUAUCAGAUGGUAGGAGGAUGUACCUUUCCACCUCCUCAUCUAGUGGAAGUAAUGGUACUGUUGGAGGUUUGGGUGGAUUUAACAAUCAUCACCACAGGCCAAGCUGUUUAAAAGUUGUAACAACUAGGCCUUCGCCUCCUUUAGGGGUUAGCGGUGGACUUACCUUUGGGGCAAUGUCUUUGGCUGGUAGGACCCAGACUGAGGAUCUCUCACUGAAGGUAGAAACAUCAUACUAUUCUGCUGGAACUCUUGUCCUUUCUGAUGCGUCACCACCAACCAUGUCUUCUCUUCUCAUUGUGAGCAGGGAGUCAAGCUCACAGUCAUCUCAGUCAGGUGGCUUGGGAGCAAGUGCUAGGAGUUCCCGUGCAUUACGAGAAUCUGUUUCUUCCUUGCCCGUUGAAGGACGGAUGCUCUUUGUAGCUGAUGUUCUUCCUUUACCAGAUGCAGCUGCCACUGUGUUAUCACUGUAUUCUGAGCUUGAAUUUUGCGGAUUUGAAAGCUCAGCAGAGUCCUGUGAAAAGGCAUCAGGAAAGCUGUGGGCUAGAGGUGACCUUUCAACUCAGCAUAUACUGCCAAGGAGGAGAAUAGUUGUUUUCAGCACCAUGGGCAUGAUGGAAGUGGUUUUCAAUCGGCCUGUUGAUAUUUUGAGAAGAUUGUUGGAGUCGAACUCUCCAAGAUCAAUAUUGGAGGACUUAUUUAAUCGUUUUGGUGCUGGUGAAGCAGCUGCAAUGUGUUUGAUGCUAGCUGCAAGGAUAGUUCAUUGUGAAAACCCUAUAAGCAAUGUUGUUGCAGAGAAGGCAGCUGAAGCUUUUGAGGACCCAAGAAUUGUUGGAGUGCCACAACUCGAGGGCAGUAGUGGAUUAUCAAACACUAGAACAGCAGCUGGGGGUUUUAGCAUGGGGCAGGUUGUUCAGGAGGCUGAACCUGUUUUCUCUGGUGCACAUGAAGGGCUCUGCCUUUGCUCUUCAAGGUUGCUAUUUCCUGUUUGGGAGCUCCCUGUUAUGGUUGCAAAAGGUGGUCAAGAUGCUGCAUCAGAAAAUGGGGUGAUUGCAUGCAGACUUUCUGUUGGAGCUAUGCAAGUCCUUGAGAACAAGAUUCGUGCAUUGGAGAAGUUCUUAAGGUCUAGAAGGAACCAAAGAAGGGGGCUCUAUGGAUGUGUAGCUGGUUUAGGUGACUUGACUGGUUCUAUUUUGUAUGGAACUGGUUCAGAAUUAGGUGCGGGUGAUAGGAGCAUGGUAAGAAAUUUAUUUGGUGCUUACUCCCGGAGUGUGGAGUCUAAUGGAGGUGGAGCAUCGAAUAAAAGACAGAGACUGCCAUAUAGUCCAGCUGAGUUGGCUGCAAUGGAGGUGAGGGCAAUGGAAUGUAUCAGACAGUUGCUUCUUAGGUCUGCUGAAGCUCUGUUUUUACUACAGCUUGUUUCUCAGCAUCAUGUAACACGCUUGGUUCAGGGGUUUGAUGCUAAUCUCCGCCAGGCAUUGCUUCAAUUGACUUUUCACCAACUUGUUUGUUCUGAGGAGGGUGACCGCCUUGCUACAAGACUUAUUUCUGCUCUGAUGGAGUAUUAUACUGGCCCUGAUGGCAGGGGAACAGUUGAUGAUAUUAGUGGGAAAUUACGUGAGGGAUGUCCAAGCUAUUUCAAGGAGUCUGACUAUAAGUUCUUCUUGGCGGUGGAAUGUCUUGAAAGAGCUGCUGUAACUCCUGAUCCUGAUGUAAAGGAAAAUCUUGCCAGGGAGGCCUUCAAUUUCCUAAGUAAAGUUCCAGAAUCUGCUGAUUUAAGAACCGUUUGCAAACGGUUCGAAGACUUGAGAUUUUACGAGGCUGUGGUUCGCUUAUCUCUACAAAAGGCUCAGGCACUUGACCCUGCAGGUGAUGCCUUCAAUGAGCAAAUUGAUCCAGCAAUCAGAGAAUAUGCAAUUGCACAGCGUGAACAGUGCUAUGAGAUAAUUACUAGUGCUUUACGUUCUCUAAAAGAUGGGGGCUCACAGAGGGAAUUUGGGUCUCCUGCUAGGCCUGUUGCUGUGCGAUCUACCCUUGAUCAGGCUUCACGGAGAAAAUACAUAUGUCAGAUUGUUCAGCUUGGUGUUCAAUCACCUGACAGAUUAUUUCAUGAGUAUUUGUAUAGAGCUAUGAUUGACUUAGGUCUUGAAAAUGAGUUGUUGGAGUAUGGAGGUCCAGACUUGGUGCCUUUUCUGCAGACUGCUGGUCGUGAACCUGUGCAAGAGGUUCAAGCUCUCUCUGCAUUGACAUCUGCAACCCCUUCAAUGGGUCAACCAGGAGCACCUAUUCAUUCUGAUCAAGCCAAAUAUUUUGAUCUUUUGGCUCGAUAUUAUGUCUUAAAGCGGCAGCAUGUACUUGCAGCGCAUGUGUUAUUGAGGUUGGCUGAAAGACGCUCAACUGAUGGGAGCAAUGCUCCUACUCUGGAACAGAGGCGUCAAUACCUAAGCAAUGCUGUUCUCCAGGCCAAGAGUGCAAGUAAUAAUGAUGGUCUGGUAGGUUCUAGCCGGGGUGCUUUUGACAGUGGAUUGCUAGAUUUACUUGAAGGGAAACUUACUGUUCUCCAGUUUCAAAUAAAAAUAAAAGAGGAACUGGAGGCAAUUGCUUCCAGGUUAGAAGCUACACCUGUUACAUCCGAAUCUGUUCAAAAUGGAUCUGUCCCUGAUAGCAGGUAUAAUGGGGAUGCCCAUUUAGCAAAUGCUGCAAGGGAGAAGGCCAAGGAGUUAUCAUUAGAUUUGAAGAGCAUUACUCAGUUGUAUAAUGAAUAUGCAGUUCCUUUUGAGCUUUGGGAGAUAUGUCUGGAAAUGUUGUACUUUGCAAACUAUUCUGGUGAUGCUGAUAGUAGCAUUAUACGAGAAACCUGGGCUAGACUAAUUGAUCAAGCUCUUUUGAGGGGUGGAGUUGCUGAAGCUUGCGCUGUUCUGAAGAGGGUUGGUUCUAGAGUAUAUCCUGGAGAUGGAACUGUUUUACCUCUGGACACUCUAUGCCUUCAUCUAGAGAAGGCUGCAUUGGAGAGGGUGGAAUCUGGACUUGAAACUGUUGGAGAUGAAGAUGUGGCAAGGGCUCUUCUUGCUGCUUGCAAGGGUGCAGCUGAACCUGUAUUGAACACUUAUGAUCAAUUAUUAUCAAAUGGGGCUAUUUUGCCAUCACCAAACCUCAGAUUACGCCUUCUUCGAUCAGUGCUAGUGAUACUUCGUGAGUGGGCAAUGUCUGUCUAUGCACAGAGAAUGGGCACAAGUUCUACUGGUGCUUCUUUAAUUUUAGGUGGAACAUUCUCACUGGAGCAGACAACAGUUUUAAAUCAAGGGAUUAGAGACAAGAUCACGAGUGCAGCAAAUAGGUUCAUGACCGAGGUGCGGAGGUUGGCCCUCCCACAGAGUCGGACUGAGGCUGUUUAUAGAGGAUUUCGGGAACUUGAGGAGUCUUUGAUAAGUCCAUUUUCUUUUGAUCGAUUUUGAUUUGAUAAUUUGUUCAAAACAUGUUGUUGUAUGAUAAGCAUAUAAACAAAAUAUAUUUUGACUCAAAUUUGCUAAAGAAGAUGGAAAGUGAAUUGUGUUUCAGUAUGCGACCAAAAUAAUUGACACCCCAUUCCUUGUUUCUCUAUCA